AUGGCUGACAUGGGUGAAGAGCAGCACCAUACACCAGUGAAUGAAGACUUACUUAUGGAUAGUGAAGAAGGAGGAGGAGACGGGACAGGGACAAAGAACAAGGAGGGAGAAGGUGGUGCUCUGUUGAAUCCUGCUGAGCAAAAUGACACAAAAAAGAUGGUGCCUGGCAUAAUUUACCUUGGUCAUAUCCCUCCCCGCUUUCGUCCUCGGCAUGUCCGCAACCUACUUAGUGGCUAUGGUGAAGUGGGACGUAUUUUCCUGCAGCCUGAAGAGCGGUUUAUAAGGAAGAAGAAGAAGAAAGCUGGUACCAAUGCCAAGAACUUCACAGAAGGCUGGGUGGAAUUCCGGGAUAAGCGUGUGGCAAAGUUGGUAGCUGCCAGUUUGCACAACACGUCUAUGGGUACCCGCAAGAAGAGCCGAUUUCAUCAUGACCUGUGGAAUAUGAAGUAUUUGCACCGCUUCAAGUGGAUUCACCUGAGUGAAAGGCUAGCGUAUGAGCGCCAGGUGCGGCAGCAGCGCAUGCGUGCUGAAGUCUCGCAGGCGAAGCGCGAGACUAAUUUUUACCUGCAGAAUGUGGAGAAGAGCAAGCACUUUUCGGAGAAGGACAGUCAGAGAGAACAAGAGGGAAAGAGCUGGGGCUUUGUACAGCGCCGUACCGAAGAGGAAAUCCAGAUUAGCAAAGGGAACAAGCGUCUCAAGCAGCAGCUGGCCCGGGCUGUCGAGAUCCAGCAGAAGUCCCAGUCGAACAGUUCUCUGCUGGCUAAGAUCUUCAAUGCCCAGCGGUAGUGCUGGGCCCGUUGGAUGCAGAACUUGCUCAUGGUCCUAGUCUAGCUGUUGGCAGCUUGGCUCGUGCUACCACCUGUCCUAACGAAAAGAAAAAAAGGCUCAUGGUCUGGAUAUAAAAUGCCCUGGUUUUUUGCUUAGCUGAGUCUCUCAUUAGCGAGUUGUCUGGUUUUGUGUAGCCAGCAUUAAAGCUUUCCCCUAUGGGGAUCCGGCAAAGAUUUAACUCCUUUGGUUCAUCCUUUGGUAACUGGGGUUGAUGCUAGCUGGCCUGGCCUGCCAAACUCUGAAUCCAGUUCAGAGGUUAAUCCUGUAGAGGGGUGUGCUGUGGCAAAUCAGAUGAGAAAAUGGGGAAGGGGAGCUGCAAUUAACUAGAAUCUGGCUGUCAGUAUGAAUGUGAACAAUGAUCCUUGUUUAGAAAGCAAGAGGAUUUAAAGCAACAGGUUCUCUUUCGUGGAGCUUUAUACAGUCUAUGAAACACCUGGGUCUUUCAGGCUGCACAGUCCUAUGCACACAUACUUUGGAGAAAGUCUCACUGAACUCUGGGAGUUACUUCUGUGUAGACAUGGAUUGUACUGUCAGUUCUCUAUCCCUUGCAGCACUGGUCUAAAGUGCUGUUAGAUCAAAUGGAAAUAUUGGGUGCUGUGAAGUAAUAACUGAUAACUGUUGAUUUAAGUGUUAAUAUUUCACACAGAUGCCUGGGGUUAGAACAGAAAUAUUUAUAGAGUGAAUAUUGCCAGACUAGAAAUAGUAUCUUCCUAAAAUUACUGGCAGUUGAGUUUGGGGUUGCUCAGCUCUUUUAAGAACUUGUCCAGAGCUUGUAUAUUUCUGACUGAAAUUAUUUCCAGCUCUCUUGAGUGGGGAAAAAAGGCACCAUAUGUAAAUAAAAACUUAUUUUGCAGCCUU